AUGCUACUUGUAGAUUUUUUCAGUGUUAUCUCAGGAAGUGUGUUUCUUCUUGGAGUAGUUUCGACAGAAUCAAGGACCUAUGUAGUGCGUAAUCUUCCCUUUGAUGGAGUUGUAGAUAGUUUCUCGGAUGCUGUUAGCCUAUUUGGGCCCGAAGUUUUCCACAGAGAUGGUUACUUAGUAAUCGCCAGCCCAAUUAACGGAUGUUCGUUAAUUCAGCCUCCACCCAUCAAUAUUAGCUCAGGAGACUUUAACAAGAAUUCAUCUGUAUCUUUUGUCUCUUAUUUUGCUUUAAUUCAACGCGGUGGAUGUGAUUUUGAUCUAAAGGUGUUGAAUGCUCAACAGAAAGGCUAUACUGGAGUUAUAGUUUUCAACACAAUAAACGACAAGAUAUUUCCUAUGAAUGGCGGGGAACGUGCUAGUCAAAUCUUAAUUCCAUCUGUUAUGGUAGAUAAACGUGCUGGGUUAAAAUUAAUGAAUUAUUCUGUCAAUAGUUCUAUUAAUGGCUCAAGAGAAUUUAUGAUAAGUAUCGUAAGCUUUUAUGGUUUACCAUUGAAAUAUGUACUUCUUGCACUUUUGAUUGUUGUUGGCAUUUCAUUGCUGAUCCUUGUAAUUGCAUUUACUAUUCAUUUAUGCCGUUUUUGGCGUCGAAUACGUCGUGGUCGUUUAUCACGACGACAUUUACGUCAAUUAGUUUUAAAACGUUUUAAAAAAGGUCUGGAUCCAUAUGAUGUAUGUUGUAUAUGUCUAGAGGACUAUGUGGAUCGAGAUAAACUACGCCUAUUACCAUGUCAACACGCUUUUCAUAUGAAAUGCAUUGAUCCCUGGUUACUAUGUAAUCGUCGACGUUGUCCAAUAUGUAAUCAGAUAGUUGAAUUACCCGGCGCACCUUCAACAUCCGAUGAAACUGAAACAGUAGAACCUAAUAAUAAUAAUAAUGGUUUCUUACUAUACAUACCAAGAAGACUAUUGAAUCUCAUUAGACGUCAUUCUCAUGAAUCAAUGAGUACUAGACGCCGUUCGGUAGAAUCCGAUCAAUCUAAUGAACAUUAUCAAAUUGAUGAAGAGCAUACUCCUUUACUACAAACCGAUGCAGUUCAAAAUCAUCAUGUUUGUAGUGAUAAUGUCAUACAUAGUUCUUCCUUGAUAUCAAGAGGUCCUGAAAUUCAUUCUUCAUCACAAGUUGAUGAAGAUGAUGAAAUGUUACGUUCCGACUUGGUUGAUCUAAAACAAUCAUCUGGUCGAUCAAGUUCAAGUCCACCAGCUAUUGAAUCUUUGAAUACUUGUAAUGAUUUAACUAAUGAUCCUUUCAAUAUAUUCCCAUCAACAUCAUCAUCAUCACAUUUAAUUCAACAAAAGUUAUCUCCAAAUUCAUUAGCAUCAUCUUCUAUUGAAUCAAAAAGAAAUACGCUUGAAUUACCUCAAAUGGCCAUUACAGUUACAUCAAAUAUAUCAACUACAUCAGAGAUGAAAACUGAAGAUACAGGAGAUGAUGUAUUAAUCACUGAUGUUAAAAUGUAA